UUUGUAACCUAAAUUAGCUAAUGGUGCCAGACUCAAAUUACUGAACUGUCAUUUCACAUUUUGGGGAAUCCCGCUUUUUAAGUCGGGUCUUUUGUGAACAGAAGGCAGGGACAAUCGCCAUAGCAACAUGCCCAGGAAAAAGAAAGAGAAAGGGGAAGCGUCGCAAGAAGUUGGUGAAGAAAUCAAGAUAGCUGUAAAUAUUGCCGUCAAAGAGUUCAGACAUGAUGAAAGCAAGAAAGAGCUUGAAUUCCCGUCAUCAUUUAGCAAUGCAGAAAGGAAGUUUAUCCAUUUACUGGCCCAGUCCCUAGGACUCAAAUCCAGAAGCAAAGGCAAGGGAGCCAGUCGCUACCUGACUCUGUACAAGAAAGAGAACACCAAACAAGGCAGUGUGACAACAUUUGAUCUGACACGAGAUUCUAGGAAUGAAUCUCACGGUUUGCUCCAACGAUUUCCAGUCACUCCGAAGGAGAGACAAGAGCUACAGCCUCGGGUAGAGAGACGAGCCUUUGGCAUGCCAGGUGGGCAGCCAAGAGAGAUCCCGAAAACCACAGGGCGGCUCAACAAUGGCAUCCCUCAAGUCCCAGCCAAGAGGGCGCCCUCCGAUCUGGAUGCGUUCAGACAGACUCUACCGGUGUAUGCUAUGAGAGAUGAGAUCAUGAAGACGAUUAACAGACACAGAGUGUCGAUGAUCUCUGGAGAAACGGGAUCUGGAAAGACUACACAGAUCCCACAGUUUAUUCUAGAUGAAUGUUUCCAGAAGAAGCAGAGUUGUCGUAUACUGUGUACACAGCCUCGUCGGUUAUCAGCCUUGUCGAUUGCUGAGAGAGUUGCCUCUGAGAGAGGAGAGAGUAUUGGACAGACAGUCGGAUAUCAGAUCAGAUUGGAGAGCAGGGUAUCACCAAAGACAUUGUUGACAUUUUGCACCAAUGGUGUCCUGCUGCGUACCCUCAUGGCUGGUGAUCAUGCACUGCAAUCUGUAACUCAUGUCAUUAUUGAUGAGGUUCAUGAGAGAGAUCGUUUCAGUGAUUUCCUCCUGAUUCAACUGCGAGAAAUCUUAGUCAGACAGAAGCAUCUACGAGUCAUCCUUAUGAGUGCUGCUCUCGAUACUGAGCUCUUCAUCAGAUACUUCAACAACUGCCCUCUGUUAUCUGUUCCAGGCAAAAUCUUUGAUGUGGAGGAACUUUUUCUUGAAGAUGCACUGAAAUGCACUGGUUACACCAACGACAAAAUGAAGAAGUUCAUGAAAGAAAAGACAAAAUUGGCCAAACAGACUGUUGAGCUGAAUGAGUGGUACAAGGAGCCCAGUGCCAUCAGUCCUGUACCUUCAGAGCAAGAUGAUGAUGUCAGUAAACUCUCUCAGGACUUCUCUGCUGUUAGUGGGUUGAGUGGGGCAAACAGUGACAAGGCAUCACUGGAUGCCUCAGUAGAUGUAGCGGACAUGUCUGAGUGGUUGAUGAAAGCCAUGGACAGCGCCCUCGGUGACUGCUGGCUGAAGGGCAAAUCUGAAUCAUUCGACCAGCUCAUGCACCUGAUAUUAAAUGAGAACGUCAGCGUUGACUACGCCCAUUCUGAAACUAGUGCCACGCCCCUUAUGUUGGCUUCUGGGCGGGGCAAUGUGGAGGUUGUUGAGAGAUUACUUAGUCUCGGAGCUAAUCCUACACAAAGAGCUUCAAAUGACAUGACUCCUUUAGAUUGGGCCACCAAGUUCAAUCAGACAGACGUGAUUGAAAUACUACAGGCUCACAUAACCAACAUGCAGGUGGAGGUGGACGACGAAUCUGACUUGAUUAAAGACAGUGCAGACAUCAGUGCUGAAGAUAGAGAACUCUUGCAGGCGUACCAGCACAGCUUUGAUGACGAGAGAGUCGACUUGAAUCUUAUCUUGGCAUUGUUGACGAACAUCUCCGAUAAGUCGCAAGAAGGUGCAAUCCUCGUGUUUCUACCAGGCUACGAUGACAUCGUUGCCUUGAGAGACAUACUCCUCAACGAUGAUGCAAGAUUUGCGGACAGUAAUCAUUAUCAAGUCUACACAUUACACUCAUCAAUGCAGAGUUCUGACCAGAAGAAAGUGUUCAGGAAACCACCCUCAGGAGUCAGGAAAAUUGUGCUAUCCACAAAUAUCGCAGAGACAAGUGUAACCAUCAACGACGUUGUCUUUGUGUUGGAUUCUGGAAAAGUCAAAGAGAAAUCCUUUGAUGCCCUCACCUCAGUGUCCAUGCUGAAGAGUAACUGGAUCUCAAAAGCCAGCGCCAAGCAGAGAAAAGGAAGGGCAGGUAGAUGCAGACCUGGUAUGUGCUUCCAUUUGAUGAGUAGAGUUCGUUACAAGAGUCUUCCUGACUUCCAGACACCUGAGAUUCUCAGACUGCCUCUGCAGGAGCUGUGUCUACACACCAAGCUAUUGGCACCACUCAACUCAACCAUUGCUGAUUUCCUAUCCAAAGCACCUGAUCCACCUGCCUCUCUCAUAGUGAAGAACGCUGUGCAAUUAUUAAAGGCCAUUGAUGCAAUAGAUAACUGGGAAGAUAUGACUGAGUUGGGACACCACCUUGCUGAUUUGCCAUUGGAGCCCAGACUAGGCAAGAUGGUGCUGUACUCCAUUGUACUCAAGUGCCUUGAUCCAGUCUUGACCAUUGUGUGUGCGCUAGCCUACAGAGAUCCAUUCAUACUGCCUAAUCAUCCAUCUCAGAAGCGUGCUGCCAUGGCCGUCCGUAAGAAGUAUGCUGCCACUACGUUCAGUGAUCACAUGGCAUUGCUAAGAGCUUUCCAGGCUUGGCAGAGAGCUCGUAGUGAUGGCUGGGAGAAGGCAUUCUGUCAGAGAAACUUCCUGUCGCAGGCAACCAUGGAAAUGAUCGUUGGCAUGAGGACUCAACUCCUCGGUCAGCUCAGAGCCUCCGGGUUUGUCAGAGCCCGUGGUCCAGGAGACAUCCGUGAUCUCAACACCAACUCAGAGAAUUGGGCUGUCGUCAAAGCGUCACUGUGUGCUGGCAUGUAUCCCAACAUCAUGAAGGUGGAUCGGAAAAAGAAUCAGCUGAUGACACAAACAGAGAGCAAGAUUCGUUUCCAUCCCAACUCGGUCAUCCAUGAGACUGGUAAUGGUAACUUGUCAAUGAUGCAGACACAUCUAGGCAUCGUCAGCUCACUGCCUACUGAUUGGCUCAUCUAUGAAGAGAUGACCAGGUUUCACCACCUUACAAGUGUCCGCUGUGCCACUGCCAUCUCACCCCUCGCCAUAGCCCUCUUCUGUGGCCCUUCCCGUCUGCCUCAAGAGGCACUCUUCCAGCCUGAUGAUAACAUCUCUAGUUAUCCUAACCAAGAUGAGAGCGAUAGUGACCCGGAGGACGAGGAUAAGGGUCAAAGGGCGGGGUUAAAGUUGGAUGAUUGGAUUGUGCUCAAAGCUGACACUGAGGCUGCCAACUUGGCCCUGCAUCUCAGACAGAAGUGGCACACGCUCUUUCUCCGUCGGAUGCGAAUGCCUGCCAAACCGUGGGCCCCAGGAGACGAGGCCGUCUUGAGAACCAUCGUGAAAGUGCUCAGCAAUGAGGAGCAGUCGUUGGGACUACAGCAGCCAGUAGGAAUCGGGCAGAGACCAAAACCAAUGGCCAUGGAUCACUUCAACAACACACCGCCCCGUAAAAGUGUGUCCAACAGGUUUGGCCAACAGCCAUCUCAGGUGAACCAGUCAGGUACAAGGGCAGGAACAACCUCAUCUAAAGAUCUGGAAUUCAGACCAUCCACAGGCAGUACCAGGCAGUGGAAUUGUGCUUCUCCUAAUAAAACCAAACAACCUCCCGCUACUAAGCAAACAUCCACACUCAAUGCCUCAGCUCCUCCCUGGCAAGGAAGGACAGUGUACCACCGCAAUAGUGGUGUCAGCAGCGGGAUGGGACCUGGUGUCAGCGGCGGGAUGGGACCUGGUGUCAGCGGCGGGAUGGGACCUGGUGUCAGCGGCGGGAUGGGACCUGGUGUCAGCGGCGGGAUGGGACCUGGUGUCAGCGGUGGGAUGGGACCUGGUGUCAGCGGUGGGAUGGGACCAGGUGUCAGCGGCGGGAUGGGACCUGGUGUCAGCGGCGGGAUGGGACCUGGUGUCAGCGGCGGGAUGGGACCUGGUGUCAGCGGCGGGAUGGGACCUGGUGUCAGCGGCGGAAUGGGACCUGGUGUCAGCGGUGGGAUGGGACCUGGUGUCAGCGGCGGGAUGGGACCUGGUUUCAGCGGCGGGAUGGGACCUGGUGUCAGCGGCGGAAUGGGACCUGGUGUCAGCGGUGGGAUGGGACCUGGUGUCAGCGGUGGGAUGGGUUCUGGUGUCAGCGGCGGGAUGGGACCUGGUGUCAGCAGUGGGAUAAACCCGAGCAGCAGUGGAAGAGUCAAUAAUUCCGCCUCUCAGGUCUAUGGAGGUCAGCAAGGACCUAAUGGGUCUGGCAAUCCUGUUAGAUUCUUCAUCGUCAAAUGCAAUGAUCCUUUGAACAUUGAGCUGUCGCAUAGCAGUGGUUUGUGGUGUGUGUCUCCUAGCACAGGUCAAAUCCUCAGCAAUGCAUUCAAGACCUCUCAAGCUGUGUUCCUGAUUUUCUCAGUUCAAGGCAGUGGUCAGUUUCAAGGUUUUGGCAGGAUGACCUCUGACCUGCGGUACACACAGACAGUAGAGUGGAGAGACAGCUGCAUGAGGAAUGGCGGGGAGUUUGGAGUGCAGUGGGUCAAAAGGGCCAAUGUGAGUUUUGGUCAGACCCGUUCUAUGCUGAAUGCUUGGAACGAUAACCAGAGAGUACAGCUUAGCAGAGACGGACAGGAGUUGGACCCAUCGCUUGGAGAGAGUCUCCUUCAAUUAUGGGCUCAUCCUACUGCAUCCUACGCUGGAGCUGAACACUCAUCCACGACCUACUGGGGUCAAGAGUCAAGGGGUCAACAGGACCCCCAGCAAGGCAUCCGAUCCCAGAGUCCGCAAGUCACGAUGCAUGGUCAGAAUUGGCCUGUAGAGGGCAGGCUUCAACCGCUUGCGCAUUCCUCCCCAGCGUAUGAGCAAGGACCGGCUGCUUAUUGCAAGAAGGGGGUGGGGCCAUCCGGUGAUGGCAUCACGGAGGAUUAUCAGAACGCAGAAGGGGCGGUUUCGAAGGAGCGGAGAUGGUCAGUUGACGAUGGAAGCGAGGGCGGUAUAACGACGUACGACUGCGAGUACCAGUCAACUGAUGGAUUCUAUGCUUCUCAAGUGCCUUAUAAUGACGGUAAUUACCACGCUUGAAACACAUCGUAAGCAAUGUGGUAAAUGUCCAGGGUUAUGUUUCCAACAUAGAAAAUUCUAGUAACUGUACAUUAAAGUUACAAUGUAUUUCUUGUAUUUGGCUUGAUGUUUUAUUCAAUCAAAAUUGCCAGCAAACGAGUCAAUACUUCUAGAAUAUCAUAAGUUUUGUGUUGUAUUUGAAUUGAGGAUGGAUACUUAUUGUUAAUUUACUGAUGUAAAGGUCAUUUAAAUGAGCUUUAUAUGUAACAUGGCCAAUCAAUUGUGUGUUCCCAUUCAGUAUUGUCAUAUAAGUAAUGAUAUUAUUGCAUUAUCAUCUUUGAAGCAGUUCAUCACAAUGGUUCGAAGUUUCAGUCAAUUCGCAGUUGUCGGUGUUUGAAUUGUCAAUUUGUAACCCCUUUUUAUCAUGUAAAAGCUGAAGACAGAAUCACCAAAUCUCAAUGCAAUUGAAGUUUUUGCAAUUUAAGAUUUCCACUGCACCAUGGACUAAUAAUACUGAAGAACCUGUCGAUGUCAUCUUGUCUGGAAUGGUGGAGAAAUCAGUCAGAAUAAACUGUUUUUAGCUUUUCAAACUGAAACAAUGAGGCUGGCUUGAUGUGCAGAUAUAAAGAGUUACGAUUCAUCAAUCAUUUCACAGAAUAAUGAAUGUUAGCUGAAUCCCCGAAUUAAGCCUUAAAACGUAUGAAUUGAAUGUUAAAAAAUAUAUACCUGUUCAAAAUGAUGAUUUACAGUUUACAUGGGCCACUUUAAGGUGUUUUGUUAAGAUAACAUAUUUGGGAUAUCUACUUUUAGGAGACUUCCUCACAUGUGACGAAAAUCUGAAAGAUUUGAGAUAUUUGAAGCUACAUACACUAUGUAACAUUCAGUGUAUUUAAAUGUACUUAUAAUGUUGGGCAGACUUAAAAAGUACCAGAUAGAUCAAGUCAGGUUUUAAAGCUGUCAAAGGGUUCUUGUUUUGUUGAAUUGAGAGUUAAUUAAGGUGUGUGAGUUAAUUGAAGAAUGAAAGAUUUUUUUAAUGUUAAAAAGGAAGUAUCUUGCCAGUUUAUUAUGAUACUUGUUUUAAAACUUUUUUUCCUUCUUGACUGAGAAAAAAAAGUUGAAAAUAAUUAUUGUUGACACCAAUUUGUCUCAACCAAUGUUGAUUUUCAUGAGUUGUUUAUUUAUCCCCUUAUGGUUGCAAUAAAUUUGUUAAUAUUAAAAAAAAUUCAUUACUAAAUUGCAUUAUUUCAGUAUUCUGAGAAAAAAAUAUUUUAAUUGACAGGGUGUACUUACAUUAGCACUAAAUAUUGUAUGUGCCCAACCUGUUAACAGAGUAAAAACUUGAAUCUAUGCUCAUUGUUAUUUCCAUCAUUCAUGUCAUCAUGUUUUGAACAUUUCUAUCUUGAAAUAACAAUGGUGGCUUUUAGAGAUCUUGGUGGUUUUAGAGUCAAACAGGCCAAUUUCAUAUCUGAAAUAUUGUGCAUAACUGGUAGUUUUUAAUGUGUUAAAUGUAUGUUUGCCAGAUAUCAACCAAAGUUCAAUACAACAUUGUCAUUUUGCAAUGGUGUUACUAAUUGUAGAGAACAAUUGCUGUAAAUCAGUAAGCGUUUGCAGCAAGAUAAUUUUGCGGCUCUAUCUUAAAUACCCAAAUCUACUUGGACCCAGUAACUGGGGCACCAGAACUCCUUUUUUUGAAAUGUUGGUUUGGAUUGGAUUUCAAACAAGGAAUGGGAGUUCCAGGCCUCAGUUACUGGGUCUACAAUCACUUUAAGAUGUUCAUGUUUGGUUGAAAUUUAAAUGUUGAUGAACUUUAAAUAAAAUCUAUCCUAAAACAAUCAGUUGAAAGGUU